AUGCAUUCGAGACUCUCAACUAGCAGGAGCCUUGCAAGGCAAACCAGAUCACUGUGGUUAUCCUCUACAAGAUGCGAGGACAAGCCCAUCAUGAAUCGCUAUAGCAGGACUGUCACGCAACCAAAAGAUCAAGGUGCAAGUCAAGCUAUGUUGUAUGCUACUGAAGGUAUCAAAGAUGAUGCGGACUUUCAAAAAGCCAUGGUCGGUGUCGCUAGUGAAAUCAAGGGUUCCUUGGUCGAGUCUGGCCUCAUCGGUUACCAGUUUGGUACAGUUGGUGUUAGUGAUGGGAUCAGCAUGGGCACUGCGGGAAUGUCAUACUCUCUGCAGUCGCGGGACCUUAUUGCAGAUCAGGUAGAGACAGCUGCUGGAGGACACUGGUUGGAUGGAAUGGUUGUAGUACCAGGAUGUGACAAGAAUAUGCCAGGUGUGCUGAUGGCUCUCGGACGACUCAACCGUCCAGGUCUUAUGGUGUAUGGAGGCACAAUUCGUGUUAAUUCAUCAUGCGCGGGUCAACCUCGAUUAGAUCUUGUUUCCGCAUUCCAAGCAUAUGGAAAAUACCUACAAGACGGAAAGACACCAGAAGCAGAAGCCCUCAGGUAUGAGACAGUGCGACAUGCAUGCCCCGGCCCAGGUGCUUGUGGAGGCAUGUACACGGCGAACACCAUGGCCAGUGCAGCUGAGGUCAUUGGAAUGACUCUUCCUGGUUCUUCGUCGUAUCCAGCCGAAUCUCAAGAAAAACACGAAGAAUGUAAGACCGUUGGUCCCACUAUGCGAAACCUCAUCGAGAAAAAUAUUCUGCCCCGCGACAUCAUGACACGUUUGGCAUUCGAGAAUGCUAUGGUUCUUACCAUGAUCCUAGGAGGGUCGACAAAUGCCGUGCUGCAUCUUAUUGCUAUGGCACACGCCGUUGGCAUCAAGCUUACCAUUGAUGAUUUCGCACGAGUGUCUGAAUCAACACCUUUCCUCGCCAACCUCAAACCAAGCGGCAAGUAUGUCAUGGAGGACCUCUACAAAAUUGGGGGCAUACCCAGUGUACUUCAUUUCUUGAUGAAAAACAAUUACAUUGACGGCAACAACAUGACGGUCACUGGCGCUACUUUAGGCGAGAACCUGGAGCGUUGGGUACAUAAACAUGGGGAAAUCCCCGCUGGUCAGGACGUGAUCCGUCCCCUCGACAAGCCAAUUAAAGCUACCGGACACAUCAGAAUUUUGCGCGGUAAUUUGGCUCCUGGAGGUGCUGUUGCCAAGAUUACCGGCAAAGAAGGGCUCGGGUUUACCGGAAAAGCUCGAACCUUUAACUCAGAAGAGGCAUUUGUCUCCGCCGUGGAGUCUGGCUCGAUCAAAAAGGGCGAAAAAACAGUUGUCGUUAUGCGCUACGUCGGCCCUAAGGGUGGCCCUGGUAUGCGAGAGAUGCUAAAACUCACUAGCUUGAUUAUGGGCGCUGGCCUAGGUCAGGACGUCGCGUGCGUCACAGACGGACGAUUUAGCGGAGGAUCCCAUGGGUUCUGCAUAGGUCACGUCGUCCCUGAGGCCCAGGUCGGUGGACCUAUUGCGCUUGUGGAGGAUGGUGACACCAUUUCUGUCGAUGCUGUGGCAAACACCAUCAAAUUACACGUCUCCUCUGAGGAGAUUGAACUCCGUCGGAAAGCCUGGGUUGCCCCACCACUCAAAGUCACCCAAGGAACACUCUACAAGUAUGUCAAAAUGGUCAAAGAUGCCAGCCAUGGGUGCAUCACGGAUGGUUGAGAUCGGCUAUAUU